CGUUUGGACGUUUACAUCAUCAGCUGAUACAUAAACAUUUUUUAUAACCCUCUCAAAUAAGAUUUACAAAAUAUCAAUUUUUCCAUACUUUAGGUAUUUUGAGAAAAACAUAAUACAGUAUGCUUUUUUAUUUUCAGCGCUAAAGUGGGUAUUCCGGUUCUCGCGCCAUUUCUUACUAGAAAUUUAACUACCAAGAGAGGUUGUAACAAUAUCGUUAAUUAUUUAGAAUGAUUAAUAUCUGGAUUAAUGAAUAUUUCAACAGAUUUACAUAAUCCAUCAUGUGUGUAAACACUACACCUUAGCGUCGUUAACAACGACCCAUAGUAACGGUAGGGCACAUGUCUGGUAGAUAGAGUUACCCAGUGCAAAACUUUAAUCUUAUUUAAUCAUUGGGGACUGGGUAGACAAGGCUCAGCAAGUCAUUAUUAUGGCCGACACAAAAGGUAUGAGUAGAAUAGAAGUUUUAGCCAGACCGAAAACGGUUCCGAAAACUUUCCAGGAAGACAGGCGCUCUGUUUAUUGGGUUGACCAUAAACCAUUAAAAACAGGUCCAAAUGGAACAACAACUAUAGAAGUUUCAGGUCGUGUAGAAGAAUUAUCCAAAAAUCGAAAUGCUAACCCCAACUAUCAAUUCGACAAGCCUACUCCAAUAUGGGAAGUAAAAGCAGGUGCUCUAAGAGCCACAGCAUCAGCACGUAUAGCAACUCUAGCUCAGCAUAGAGAUGCUCAUAAAAAUCACCAAAUGGAACGCUCACCAUAUACAGAUAUCACCGAUGGUGCUAAAAAUGCUAAAUUAUCUCAGAGGGUAGAGGAUCUAGCGAAUCCUAAAUCUAGGAUAGAUCGUUACGAUGUUAAUGAAACACGGUGGGGGCAAAGAGAACCAGUGUCUGCUGCUGCAAAAAAAGCUGUGGCCUCAGAAAGAGUCGAAGCCUUAGCUGAAGCAAAACCAUAUCAUUCAGACUUUCAACAUGCUAAACCUAUAAUGUGGGAGGUGUCAGACCUUGCUAUUAAAGCGCUAGCAUCACUGCGUCUACAGCAACUAUCGAGACCUCGAAGUCGAACAAUGAUAAAAGACGAUUACGACCCCUACGAAGUUUCUAGAGGAGCAAGACGAGCUAGACCAACCCCUCGAGUUGAAGAAUUGAGUGUACCUCUUCCACGAAAAACCAGGGAGAAGAAAGUAGUCUGAUUCCUCAAUAACGAUUAUUUUUCAAAAAACAUUUGAAUUAUUUUGUCAUUAUUUCAUCAAAUGUUUAACAUCAUAAUUUAACUGAUGUUUGGUAGCAUGGAGAAGGACUUUCAAAAUGAUUUAAUCUCGGCACAGGUUAGCACAAUUUAACAGUUUAAAAAUCGUUUGGGCCAGGGGUCAAAGGAUUAUUCACAAAUAUUAUGUGAAUGAAUCACUAAGACAAGGAAACAAGAAGACAACUUGCUGAGUUUUUCAUUUGCUUUUAAUUUGCCCUUUGAUAAGAUACAUAAUAAACUCAUUAUUGGAUUUUUGCAUAUUGCUGAAGCAAUGUUUAUGAGCAUAAUUAGAUCUUUAAGAAUUGGUACCCUUGUUAUGGUAACACCAUAUUGUAUGAUUCAGUUAUAUAAUGUUUUGAUUAUUAAUCCACAAGGUAACUGUGUGGACCAAUGUAAACAAUUUCACAUAAUUAAUUUCUGUCUGAUGGAGCCAUAGUUAAUGUGUUCAUAUUUCUUACCAUUGCUUUAGGAAUAUGUAUUUUUGUGACUAAUACCAAACAGUAUUAUUGUUAGUUUUUAUACAAAGUAUAUCAGAUUUACAACAUAGUAUUAUUUUGUGCUGUGAUUAACAGUUAAUUAACAUAUUUUGAAAAUGAAGCUUCAUGACAGCAUAAAUAUUUCUAUUUUGCUUUGUGCAAUGCUUUGAUAAUUGAUAUUUGGAAGAGUAUGUUAAGGGGUGACUAUAGUCCAUGAAAGAAAACAAAAUUAUUGUCUGUUCAAAUUUUGAUUUUUGGGUGGAUGACACUACAUGCAUCUUCGAAAAUCAAGUAAUUUCGAUCUGAUGCAAAUAUUUUAUGCUUUCUAUGACAAAUAGUUUUGCUGCUUUUUAUGCCUUUCAUUCCAUAACCUUUUAU